UUUGAGACUGGUAAAGUAUUGUGUACAUUAAUAAAACAAAUCUUGUACUAAGUUGGUACCAGAGAAUUUCAAUGAUCGGAACAUUUCUGCAAGAAAAACAGAAGGAAAUGGUUCAAUCUAUACACGAUUCUAGUCCUGCGAUCUUUGAAAGAUUAACAUCACAUUGUGAUAAGUAUCAAAUGUUCCCCCUUCAAGAAGCAGCGGAAGAAGAUAGUCCCGAAUUUAGUUGGGGUGCCAAGAAGGGAAAGGGUGCCCAUAACAAGGACGUCCAAUUUUACAAGUCAUUCACUUAUGCUGGAGUUGAAUUCAACUUAUAUGAUUGUGUUUACAUGUAUCGUCAUGGUGAAGAGGAGCCAGACAUUGGUAAGAUCGUUAAGGUGUGGGAAACGAAAACACGGAAAAGGAUAGUCAAGGUGGUAUGGUUUUUCCGUCCCACCGAGCUAACUCAUUGGUUGGGUAAUAUCAAGGUGCUUGGCAAUGAGUUACUGUUGGCUUCAGGAGAAGGUGUAGGGCUAUCAAAUUGCAAUCCAGUGGAAGCCAUCACCGGUAAAUGCAAUGUUGUCUGCAUAUCAAUUGAUAGGAGGAACCCUCAGCCAAAAGACAGAGAUUUGGAAACAGCUGAGUUUUUAUUUUAUCGCACCUUUGAUGUCGGCACUCAGGAGAUAUCUGAGAAAUUUCCAAAUUCAAUAGCGCAAAUUGAAGUGGAGCACUUCUUUAAUAAGGUGACAGAUCUGAAGCAGCCUAUUCAUUAUGGAGGAAAAGGAAGUCUUGACAUGCCACAUUCAUUUGGAGGAGCAACCAUUAAAACAACGCUGAAAGAUGACCAACCAGGAAGAAACACUCAGUCGACGUUGCCACCUGUGACUUUGGUCAAGCAAACUAAAUCCUCCACAAGAACGGACCAGUGCACUACCAUUUCACAGUGUCAGGUGACGGAACUGGUAGAAAAAGGCAGACAAGGCAGACAGGGCAAUGUUUCUGAGACGGACAAGACUGUUGCCAGAACUGAAGUAAAACAUUCAUAUUGUACCCCGUCUACUAAUGCAUUGAAGAAGAGAAAGCUUCAAGACUUAUCAGAUACUACACCAUUUGACCAACAUAAGGUCAUGAAAUCCACAAGUCAGGUCAUUGAAGUAACAACAAGGGUGAAGGAGGGUGCUAGCACAUGGUUUAAGGAACUGCCAUGGAAUGAUAGACUCCAAGACGCUCAAGAGCGAGGUACACUUAUGUUACUUGAGAAUCUUGAUCCUUCAUAUGCAUCAACAGAAGUGGAGGAUAUUGUUAAGCAUGCCUUGAGGCAAAAGGUUAGUGCAAAAAUGGUGCAGCAUAACACCUUCUCUAAUCCCCUAAAUGGAAAAGCAUUUCUUAUCUUCAAAUCAAGUGAGGCUGCAGAGACCGCCAUUUUUGAGUUGAAAAGGAGGUGCCUAAUGUUAGGUGAUGGAAGGCCAGUUGUUGCUCGGAAGGGAACUAUACAGGACCAAGUGAAAAGUAAAGACUUUCCUGGCCAUCUGUCCAUUGGAAAACUCAAAUUUCAAAAGCUAGGAGAAGAAAUGAGAAAAGCAGUAUCAACAUCUCACUAUGCCCAGAGUAACACAAUAGAACAUGAGUUGGCGGUUGAAUGGCGUGUACUACAGGAACAAUCAAGCCUGUGGUGGAAAGCUUUACGUCAGGAACAAGCAGCAGAAAUUGAACAGCUUAAUAGCAAGUUGAAGAACCCUAUUAAGAACUCUGUAUAGGAUCUAACGUCUCGUUUUGUUGGUUUUCUCGUGUCCAAGAAGCAUACAGAUGUGUGGACCCUUUCUGGAUAUGGGGUUGCGCCUUAGUACAGAGAUUUU